AAACGUGAACUUAAACUUUGCAACGAUGGCGCACUGUAGAUAAUGACUCUGUUCAACAGGACAGCAGAUCUAAAAGCAGGCUCUGCUCCUCAGCUGAGCGGAGUUCAUGUCAAAGGUUAAUAAUGUGCUCCUGUGAGAUUGCCCCGGUGAGCUCAUCUGUCACACUGAGCGCUCUGGGAAAUGAACUGGUUAAUUAAAUGAGAGGAGGAGGAGGAUGUGACAAGUGAUCAGCAUUUCACAGUUGACUGGAUGUGGAAAUGGGAAUGGCGCUUUGGUGUUUUUUGGUUAAUGGAAAAAGCAAAAUGCAACCGUUAGAUUGGAUGAAAUGUGUUUUGGAGAUGUAGAUGCUGUAAAUUCAUGUCUGACAUCCACACUGACACACAUGACCUAUAUAAACAUUGACAGACAUUCUUAUUUUAUAUGUCAUUCCCUCCACGAAUUGUGAUUGAUUAUUUUUACCCCAAAAGUGAUUCCAAGCAUGUGCAUCAGAAAAAAUAGCAACAUGGAGCUCAGGAUACUGCCACGAGCAAGUCUGACUUGGUUCAUCCUUGUUGCCAGCAGCUAUGGACGACACGUGAAAUCAGCUGUAAAUCAUCAAGCCAUUACAGGACCCGGUCUGAAAAUGGACCAGGCUUUGUUAACAUUUCACAACCAGCUGACGGAAGAAGUGGAGGUUUCCUACACAUCAGAUUAUUGCUACAAGUGUGUGUACCAGCAUUUGGCCGACGUGAAACCCAACAACCACAAUGCAUCUGCGGUCGUCAGCACUAAAUUCACUCUGACUGUGCAAGUGGAGUCACAGAGCAGGAACGCAACUCUCUGCAGGUGGAGUCGGACAUAUGGAGAAGGCGGUCACUACUCUGUGUGGAUCCAGAUGUCAGAGGCCGCCGGUGAUCCAGGCUGCACUCACACUGUGGCUAAGAGAGCAAACAAUGCCCACCUGCCUCUUCUGGUUUCAGCUCUUGUACUGGCCACAAUCGCUCUUCUGUUCAUUGUGGCGCCCUAUAUAUACAGGAGGCGUUGUACGUCAAACUUUAUUAAGACCAUUUGCUGCCAAUGCACUCAGCACUCAUUUGACAAUGAUGGAGCACAUUCUCAUGAAGCUGAGCACAACACCACCAAAGCUAAACCAACACGUCUGCGCUCACUGGACACUUUCCGGGGGUUUGCCCUGACAGUGAUGGUGUUUGUGAACUAUGGUUGAGGAGGCUACUGGUUCUUUCAACAUGCACCGUGGAAUGGUUUAACGGUGGCAGACCUUGUCAUGCCAUGGUUUGUGUUUAUCAUCGGGACGUCAGUGGUCUUGGCGUUCAGAUCCAUGCAGAGGAGAGGAGUGAGCCGCCUCCAGCUGCUGCGCAAGUUCACCUGGAGAACCAUCGUCCUCCUGCUGCUUGGCUUCUGCUUCCUCAACUACUCUCCAAGAGACGGACCACUAUCCUGGUCCUGGCUGCGGAUUCCUGGAGUGCUGCAGCGUCUGGGCUUCACCUACUUUGCUCUGUCUCUGCUGCAGACUUUCUGGGGACAGAGAGAAAUCCCACUGACAUCGUAUCACUGGUGGAACCCCAUCCAGGAUAUGGUCCUGUAUUGGCCCCAGUGGCUAAUAAUCAUCCUGCUGGAGACUCUAUGGCUGUGCAUCACCUUCCUCAUGCCUGUACCCAACUGCCCCACAGGAUAUUUGGGAGCUGGUGGAAUCGGGGAUGACGGUCUUUACCCAAACUGCACUGGAGGAGCAGCAGGAUACAUUGAUAGAUUGAUGUUUGGUGACAACAUGUACAGAUACCCCACAUGCAAAGAAAUGUAUCAGACCACACAGCCGUUUGACCCAGAGGGGGUCCUGGGUACAAUCAACUCCAUCGUCAUGGGAUACCUGGGGAUGCAGGCUGGGAAAAUUCUAAUUUUCUAUAAGGAGAGAAACGUCCAUGUCCUCUGUCGAUUUCUUGUGUGGGCCGUCAUCCUGGGAAUCUCUGCAGCCAUCCUUUCUAAGUGCACGCGAGACGGAGGAUUUAUACCUGUCAAUAAAAACCUUUGGUCGUUGUCCUAUGUGACAUGCAUGGGCUGUUUUUCCUUCCUGCUGCUGGGAGGCAUGUACUUUGUCACUGACAUCAAGGGCUGGUGGGGCGGACAGCCGUUCAUAUACCCAGGGAUGAACUCCAUCUUUGUGUAUGUUGGCCACUCUCUCCUGGGUUUCUACUUCCCAUUCAGCUGGGAGAUGCACAACCAGCGGAGCCACUGGGAGUGGCUCUUCCAAAGCCUGUGGGGAACCGCACUGUGGGUGCUCAUCGCCUACCUGCUCUACAGGAAGAAAUUCUUCCUUAAAAUAUGACAUAUUUCCUAGGAUGCCAUUACCUUUUUUUCCCCAAUUAAAAACAAACAAUGUUCAUGAUAAGGUUAUUAUAACUUCUGUUUACUUUUCAGUGAUGUACAAUCUUCCCACAUACAUUUGAGUAAAUUGUACUGAUGCUCAUCCAAGUCAGCUGAUGAAUCGAGCAGCAAAGAGAAAGUGGUUAAAGUUUUUUGUUUUUUUUAAAUCAAACACAAGCUGUAGCACAGUGAAGAAAGUAUGAACAUUUCCAUUCAUGAAAAACCCAAUGACAUAGCCAAUAGCCAGGUACUAAAGAUGAUCCACUGAUCCACUGUCAGUGUGGGCAGCUGAGGUUUUAUUUGAUGCCACUUGUUUUGUGCACUGAAUACACUGAUUAAAUCAAAUACACUGAGGUGGUACUUAA